AUGGAGCUGGUCUCUCUCCCUGUCCUUUGCGCAUACUGGUCCUCCAAGGAUCGCCUUUCUGAGCAGUCCAUCCGUGAGGUCGAUUGGUCAUCUCUUUCAUGCGCCAUGAAGGCCCUCCCAGCCAAUCUCCAACGCUGGACACCUAAGCAUAUCUCCGGUAUGACAGGGGUGGGAAAUUUUUUGGCCAUUUGGAACUGUUCGGCAAAGAGCUCUUGCCCCAGAUGCUCCUCCUGCCCUGUGGAAGAUCACCUCCAUGUCCCACGCUGUUCUGCUCCCACUGCAGCUGCAGAAUGUUCAAAACGCCAUCUGGCCUUCCGGAGCUGGAUGCAGACUCAGCAGACCGCCCCUGAGAUCAAAGCCUUCCUCUUUGAAUACCUGGAAACAGUCCGUCAGCCUUCCUUGGGAGUCCCCACGGUCCGAGCCUGGUCUUGCCAGCCUCAUCUCUUCCAAAGUGCAAUCUCCUCCUAA